AUGUCCCUCCGCCAUCGUUUCCAUGACGAUGAUGACGCAUUCCUCUUCCGGGACAGGUUCUUUGACUCGGACAGUGAGGAUGACAUCUUCGCCCGCGCACCACGGCGCCACAGCACUGCCGCCGAUUCUUUCAUCAGCCUGCAGGUCUCGGACUGCUUCUUCACGCAGGAGACGGUCGCCUGCCGCUUCCGCCACGGGGAGUUCGCGGGAAGCUUCUUGUCGGAUGUGAUCGGCGACCUGCGCGCGGGCGACAUAGACCCCAACGACAUGGGCCUGACGGUCUUCGAACAUGGUGGCAACUACUACAGCUUCAACAACCGCACGCUCUACGUGUUGAAGCAGGCGCGGGUCAAUGUGGUCACCGCCAAGCUCUGGAACAGGCCUAACAAGUACCACUCGCGCAUCUGCUUCGGAAGGCGCGCAGCUAUGCGCUGA